CCUCAAGCCAUUUAUAAUUGUCCCCAAAAGAAUUGCCGACGGACCCAAUGAGAUGAACAAGCAAAGAUAUUACAUCCCCACUCAUACCCAUUCUCUUACUUGACCCCCGUUGGUUUUUAUAUCCGCAUUCUGCCGUUCCUUUUUGUCUCUCUGAAAUUCACACUCUUUGCUUUUGUCAUUCUCUGGAGGUUCGCCAUGCAGUUGUGGAGAUUGAACAGCCCUUUCGCUCAGAACCUCCUAGCCUCUAUUAUAGUUGGCCUGGGGCCGGGACUAUAUGUUGCGGUCACCAACCUCGGGGCAGGCGGUGGGCCUGCCAAUGCUACGAAGAUGCAGAAUGUGGCUAAUUUGGUUCUAUACACGAUCUAUUUCGUGGCGGGAUUCUUCAGCGGCUCGGUGGUGACAAUGAUCGGGCCUAAAUACACGCUGGCUUUUGGCACCCUGGGUUACCCUAUCUACGUGGGUUCGUUAUGGUAUUUCGGCCACACGGGCAAUCUCUGGUUCCCAAUCUUGGGCGGCGCGAUCCUAGGCAUCACGGCCAUUCACCUGUGGACGGCAGCGGGGUUCAUUGCCUUUAGCUAUGCGACUGAGGAUAAGAAGGGGACCUAUAUCUCCAUGCAAUGGUGUCUGCUUAGUGUUGGAAGCAUUAUUGCCUCCUUCGUCGCGUUCGGCAUCAACUUCAAUGCCGGAGAGCUGGCGUGCCCCGACUCGGUCUACAUCGUUUUUAUCAUUCUUAUGGCACUGUCCCUCCCGGUCGCAUUGUUCGGCAUCAUUUCGCCUGCCAAUGUACGACGCGUGGAUGGUUCGCCAAUCGCACAUUAUGCCCACCGUGGAUUCUGGAAGGAACUGAAGGAACAGCGUCGGAUAUUCAUGGACUGGCGCAUGCUCGUACUCUUGAUUCCGAUGUUUGGCUCCGAAGUGGCCAUUGUGGUGUUCUCCUCAAUCAAUUCGUUGUACUUUAACAUUCGCACCCGCAGUUUGAACUCGGUCAUCUUUGUCAUACUUCAAGCUCUUGGUGCCAUCGUGACUAUGGUCCUCUUAGAUUAUAGGAGGAUUGGCAAUCGGCGUGUGCGAGGAAUUGUUUCGAUCACCACGAUGGGCCUCUUGACGCUUGGUCUGUGGAUUGGCCUCGCCGUUUGGUUGUCGCAACAUCCAAUCAACCUGACCAGUCCUCCGCUGUGGGAUUGGACCGAUGGGCCCUUUGGAGGCUUCAUCAUCCUAACCCUGCUAUUCGGGAUUAAUAUGGCUGCGUACCAAAUUGUUGUGCAGUGGAUUGUCGCCUCCCUUAGCAAUAGCCCCGACACUCUCGCCCGGUUUGCAGGUUUUGCAAAGGGAUGCUUAGCCGGCGGGCUCUGCGCUACAUUUGGCACCGAAGCGGCUGGUCUGGAACAGAUUUCUGUAACGGCUUGGACCUUCACUUUGCAAGGGGUAGGACUCGUAUGCAUGAUGGCGGUGACUUGGCUGAGUGUUCGGCCGACAAACUAUGGAAAGGAAGAGACAACUGUAGCACGAAGUGCCUGUCAUCAGAAUGAGGCACGGGUGCUUAGUGCCGUUGAGACUAGUUAGAUCACCUGUAAGUAAAUGGUCAAAUAGUUAGCAUAGCCUGG